AAUAAUACAGUAGCAGAAAGCAGUAAUACGGAAACAAAUAAGGACGAAAAAAUAAAACAAUUAGAACAAAGAAUUGUGGAGUUAGAGCAAGAAAAUAAGGGCAAAAAAGAAGCGGAAGACAAAGAAGAAAAGCACUUCGAGCCCAAAACUUUGCAAGAAUUAUUGGAUAAGGAAUAUCCGACUAAGGAAGAUAAGGAGAAAGUAGAAGACAUUGGAUACU